AUGACACAAAAAGAGGCAGCAAAAAUUGACGAGGAAUUGUUCUCCACUUAUGGCUUCAAAGUCGAGCAGCUGAUGGAAUUGGCCGGCUUGGCUUGCGCGAAAGCCGUUCAUGCACAGUAUUCGAAAGGGAAAGUGCUGGUACUGUGUGGUCCUGGAAAUAAUGGAGGCGACGGUUUUGUCUGUGCUCGACAUCUACAACAGUUCGUGGGUUGA